AUGCCGCCAUCAAGAUAUUCCGAGGCUUGGCCAGUGCAAGCUGAAGCCCAACGCAUCAGCGAGGAGGCCAGCCAUUCGGCGUCUGAUGAAGGGGCGGAAGGACAGUGUAACCCGGCAGCAAAGCACAUGCUUCAACUUCUUGAUGCCUUCGCUUUCGAGUCUCUCAACGGCGAUCAAACGAUCUUGAUGUUUUGA